UGUGAGCCAAAACUGCCUGCUGUGAGGUACUAUUUCUUCUUAAUACAUAUGGGAGCAGCUUAUUUCUUACAAAGGUAAACAUUAUAUGUCUGCACUGCAAGUGAAAGUUCUAAGAUAACAAUGAAGCCACACAUAGUUCUAUUGCUGUGCCUGGGAACGUUGGCUCUUCCUGUUUCUGAAGGCAAUGAACUUCCAGAAACCAAGAACCGUGAGCGCCGGUUCUUGUUGGGAAAGAUUUUUGGUGGGAAUAACCCCCCUCCUCCUCCACCUGUGAAUAUUGAGCCCCCAGUUUUCCCUGGGUCCUCUCUGGUAGACGCAGAAUCCUUUUGCCAAGGUGGUUGCCGUGAUGGCUGGAUAAGUUACAUGGGCCAGUGCUACAUAUUUGUUCAGAAUCCGAUGACAUGGGAACAAGCUGAGUGGACCUGCCAAAGUCAGGCCACAGGGGGACACCUGACCAGCAUCUCAAGUGCAGAACAUAAUGAAUUCCUUGUAAACCUGGCCAGUUAUCAGGGACAAAGAACAGCUCAGUUCUGGACAGGAGGAAGCCAUCGGAGGGGGUCGUCCCUAAGAUGGACUGAUGGUUCUGUGGCAAAUUUUAUUCAGCGUCCUCUGAGCUCACUUCUUCAUGUUGUUGGAGAAACAAUUAACACUAUUCUGAACAUUCGCAUCUGCUUGAAGUUAAAUAUAAAUAUAGGAGGCCGGGGUAAUUGGGAUGGCUCCGACUGCAAAAAGAAAUUACCCUUCAUCUGCAGCUACAGACCUAAUCUUACACCCCCCUAAUCUACAGUGGGAAGACAAUACAACCUGUUCCCCUAACUGUCUUCUCAUCGAAUGAAGAUAAUCCACAAAUUAUUACUUUCUUUACUAGACCCAGUCACUUAAGUUCUUAUUUUUUAAAAGCCAAAGCAUCAUUUACUAAUGUGAAUCAGAUAUUGAAAGAAUCAGAUAUUAUGUGGUUAUUUAGAACACCACAGAAAGCCUGUUAUUUAAACAAAAUGGGGCUUGAUUUGAGCGCUUAACAAGAUUAUGUGCUACUUAUGCCCUACAGGGAUUUAAAGAAUAUUGAUGAGAAACCUUUAACUUAAAAAUAAUU